CGCGCCACUUCUUUCGCGUCUGAUAAUGCCAGAAUUGCCAUCGCCCUUUACAUCAACGCAUAUCCGAUGCUAUCCGGCCAUAGUUGCCUCGCUACCGGAGGGCGUGGAUGUCGCUGCUCUGGAGGAGUCGGUUUUCUCAUCGUUGUGGAAACGCGUGGAGGGCCAGUUGCGUGUCACGCACGCCGCACUUCAUUUUUACCACCAACGACGGGUAACAAAUAUACCACGUCAUCUUGUUCCUAGCUUUGAUGAACUGUCCAUGGCAUAUCGCAUGGUACUUCAUCGCAGUCUUUUAUUGCCUAUUGACUGCGUUCCGUCGUCACCGGGUGACUUGGCCGACUUGUUCACUGAGCAACCAGACCUCGAUCUAUUGCCGACGCUUGUGCCAGUCGUUGAUGUUAUUCGAAGUUCCGCCGUGGCCCGGACGCUUUUGGAGGCGAAAGGGGGAGGCGUCAGAGGGAGCCAGGAUGACAGCACUGCGGCGAAUUGUGCAUUGUAUACAUGCACACAGUCUGACUUUGUUUCCUCAGGAACUCGACGGCGUGUUGUUUUUGAAACGGAACCACUUUCCAGUCGUCGCGUGGUGGUGUGCGCCACGAGGGAUCUGAAAGAGGGGGAAGAGCUUCUGCUUGACUACGGCUCAGAGUGA